AUGAUUCCUUUCUUUUUCUUCUUCAUUUCUUUCUUUCUUUCUCAUUAUUUAUCUUUUAAUUCUUUUUCAUUAGUUACGUCUUUCUUUCUUUCUUUCCUUUUUUUUUUCUUUCUUUCGAUACUGUUAUUCUUUGAUUUUAUUUCCGGUUUUUCUCAUGAUUUCAUUCUGCACAUUUUCAUUCUUAUUCUUUCUUCCGUUCUUCUUUUUUCUUUUAAUACGCACUCUUUCUUUCUUUCUUUCUUUCUUUCUUUCUUUCUUUCUUUCUUUCUUUCUUUCUUCUUUCAGGCCCUUCCUUUCAGGCUCUUCCUUUUCAGGCACUCUUUCUUUCUUUCUUUCUUUCUUUCUUUUCUUUCUUUCCUUCAGACUUUCCCACUUUCUUUUUUUCUUUCUUUCUUUCUUUCACAAGCACUCUUUCUUUCUUUCUUUCUUUCUUUCUUUCUUUCUUUCUUUCCUUUUCUUUCAGGCACUCUUCUUUUUUUCUUCUUUCAGGCUCUUUCCUUUUCUUCCUUUCAGGCACUCUUUCUUUCUUUCUUUCUUUCUUUCUUUCUUUCUUUCUUUCUUUGUAAUUCCUUGUUUUUUAUUUUAAUUGCUUUUUUUAUUCUAUUACUUCUUUCUGUUACUUUCUUUCUUCCUUUCUUUCCAUCUUCAUUUCUCUCAAAUUUUCUUUUUCUUUAUUUUUUCUUUUCUUUCGUUACUUCUUUCUCACUUUUUUUCUUUCUUUCUUUCUUUCUUUGUUAUUCUUUAUCUUUUUCUUUUUGUCUCUCUUCUUCCAAAACACUUUCUUUUAUCUUUCUUUCUUUCUUUUUCUUCUUCUUUUCUUUCUUUACUUCUUCUCUUACUGUCAAUAUUCCUUACUGUUUUCUUUCUGUGUUUCUUCUCUUUCUUUCUUUUUUCUUUCUUUCUUCUCCGUCAUUCUUUACUUUUUCUUUUGUACCUCUUCUUCCAAAACACUUUCUUUCUUUCUUUCUUUCUUUCUUUCUUUCUUUCUUUCUUUCUUUCUUUCACCUUCUCAAUCUUUUCACGCUUUCUCUCAUUUUCUUCUUUCUCUUUCUCUUUUCUCUUCUCUACUCGACAACCAAACCGUUUCGUUAA